UAUUUCAUUUGUAUUUAUUUUGUGUGAUGGUUUCGGAUUCGCGAUGUUUCAGUUGUUUUUUUAAUUUUGACGAACCUUAUUUUAUAAUUUAUUUAUAUUUCUUUUACUUUUUUUCAUUUCACUCUUAAAAAAAUAUUAGUUAAUUUAAAAUGGCUGAAAAUCUUGUUGAAUUACUUGGAAGGAUAUUGUUAUCCCAUGGUGAUACAAUUGAAACACGAACUCUUUCUGAAAAGAAGUGUGUUUUAGGACUUUAUUAUUCUGCUCAUUGGUGCCCAUCUUGCAUAGCGUUUACUCCAGAAUUGAUUAAAUUUUAUAAUUUAUUAAAAACUUGUGAUCGCCAAGAGAAAUUUGAAAUAGUAUAUAUUAGUUCAGAUUCCGAAGAAAAACAAUUCAAAGAACAAUUCAGCUCAAUGCCAUGGCUUGCUAUGCCGUUUUCAGAGAGAAAUCGCCAAAUGGAGUUAGCUAGGAGAUAUCGUGUACAGAGUAUUCCAGCUCUUGUUCUUAUUGAUUCACAGUCAUUAAAUCUCAUCACACCAUAUGGCCGUGCUUGUGUAAUGGAUGAUCCUUCUGGUAUUUCAUUUCCAUGGAAGAUGAGAGAUCCCGUAGAAGUUCUUUAUGAAUGCUCAUUGGUAUCAUCUUCUGAAACUAUUUCAUUUGAAUCACUUUCUACUCACAUCAAAGGCUUGUACUUUUCUGCUCAUUGGUGUCCACCUUGUAAAGCCUUUACUCCUUCGCUUGUGAAACUAUAUAAAAAACUGAAAAGCAGUGGUCAACAUUUUGAAGUAAUUUUUGUAAGCUCAGAUCGUAGUGAAGAAUCUUUUAACAAAUAUUUUUCUACCAUGCCAUGGCUUGCUGUGCCUUAUAAGGAAGAGCAAAAAAGAAAAGAAUUGGCCCAUUUAUAUGGAAUUGGGGGAAUUCCUUGUUUAGUUAUACUUGAUCAAAAUAAUUCCAUCAUUACCAAAGAAGGUCGUUUGGAAGUUAAUGAAGAUCCAGAGGGUGAAGAAUUUCCUUGGCGACCAAAACUUGUUGAUGAACUUGGUGAAAAACAUAUAUCCAAGCUGAAUGAGGAGCCUUGUUUAAUACUCUUUACAACUUGUGAAGAUAAAGAACUUGAGCUUGCGCAUUAUGCUUUACUACCUGUCUCAGAAGAGUACCAAGCACGAGUAAAGAGGGCCUCUAUAGAAGAGACAUCAAUACCGAAGUUAAAUUUCUUUUAUGCUGGUGAUGCUGACAUCUGUGAUUCUGUUCGUGACAUAAUUGGUUUUGGAGAAGAGUUUCCUCUUCUAGUCAUUUUAGACAUCCCAAAUGGGAAGAAGUAUAUUCAUGAAAACUCAGAUAAGAUUUCGUCAGAUGUAAUUGGAAAAUUUGUACGUGAUUUUAUCUCUCAUAAAUUAACGCCUCUUAUAAUCAGUAAAUGAACAUUGUACAUAAAUAUUUUUAUAGUUAUAGCAGCUAUUGCUGAUAGUAGAAACAUUGUGUACGUUCAAUAUGCAAUCAUUUAAAAAAUCUAUAUCAAUGAAUAAUUUUCUUUUCCAAUGUUGUAUUUUGAUAUUAAUUAUAAAUGUAAAAAUUUCUUAUCAAUGCUAUUUUUAGAUUUUUAAGUAUUAUUCUGGAUAUUAUCAAUUCAAUAUAUAUAUUACUACUUACACUAUUAUGAGAAAUAAUAAUUGUUUUUAGAUUUUUUUUUUAAUUGAAAAAUGGGAAAACCAUUAAUCUUCAUCAAUAUUUUCAUUCACUGUUAGUCAUAAUUCUUUUGACUGUGUGUCUGUCAAAGAAAGACAUAUGUAUUUAGUAUUUGCAAUUUUUACCAUAUCAUUUAUUUUAUUUUAUUAUUUUUGAAAUCUUUCCUACUCUCCUUAUUUUUUUUUUUUUUAAUUUAUAGCCCUCUCUUUUAUUUAUUUUAUUUUUUCAAUUUCUUUUUUUUUUCUCCAAAAAAGUUUGCAUGUGCUAUAGUCUUAUUAUCUCACCAGAUCUUCUAAAUUGAAAUUCUCCUUUUAAAUAUUGUUUGGCAUUGUUAUUAGAAAAUUUCCAUGUCAAUUGUAUUUAAAAACGAAUAUCUUCUGACUUUUAAACGAUAAACAUUUACUGGAAGUUGGUCGUGAAAAAUUCACAAAUGAAAUAUAUUUACAGUAGAAAUCUGAUUAUCUGACAUCAAGAGUAUGUCGAGAAACUGAAAUAAUUGAAUGAUAAGAUAUAUUUUCUAAGAAUAGUAUAAAUAAAAUUGUUAAAAGUGCAUUGCUAAUAUCUUAAAAUAAAUAAAUAUGUUAAACUCUCUUUUUAUACUGUGCCUCUUAGAGAACAAAAAAAAAAGUGAUAUAACUAAAUCCCAUUAAAAUAACAAUCUGAUACAUGUUGACUCUUACUUUUUAAUCAAUGUAUGAUUAAAUGGUAGUUUUCAAUGCUACAUCAUGGUUCAUAUAUUUGUAAUUUACAAAUAUGACAUCAUAAUUGAAGAUCUUAUUGGAUAAAAGCUCAAAGUGUCAUUUUGGAAAAAACUUGUGACUUCUAUAGGAAAGAUCUCAUUAGUCUUAUUUUGUAUAUCAUCAAUUCGUUUUUCCAAGUCUUUAAAUUUCUCAGACCUCAAUGGAUAAAACUGUUAAGUGACAAUUUACAAGUAUUUUCUUUGUAGAAGAAAGUUCCAAGUGCAUAAGAAAGAAAGCCUCUCUCUUAGCUGCAAAUUAAACUGUCAAGAAUGUUGGCACGAUGGUGCAAGCAAUUUGGAGUUUUAUAGAUUUCACUUGUUGGAAUCUUGUGAAGAAUAAAUAAAGACAAAGCAUAAUAUCUAUUUCUUAUUGCACAUGUGUAAAUUUUAAAACUAAUUUGCUCAUACAUUAUCUAGCCAAAAGUAUCAGCACUCCCACUUAAAGCAUUUUGAUGUGGGGGUGUUUUUCAUGGUUUUAACUGAAUCUCUUCGUUCCUGUGGUCAGAAAUAGGAUCUGUGAGAUGUAUAUGGAGAUUUCGAACAAUGCUGCUCUUUAAACUCCAUAUUUAAGGAAGUUAGGCUAAUAUCUUUUCCAGUAGGAUAACUGUUCCAUUCACACAUGGAGACUUGUGCAGCUAGGCUUUAACACAAUUGGUGUUCAAAAACUGGUCUGGCCUUCUUAGAACUCUUAUCUAAAUGAUAUAGGACCCUUUGCAAGUGAAUUUAAGCGCAAGACAAAUUGUGGCCAGCUGAGUUGACCAUCCUCACUGCCAGUACUCACUUUAGAUGUGAUGGAUGCUUGAAAGUCAAUCCGUAUUGCCACCUACCAAAAGCUUCUCAUAUCUUCUCACGUGUGCAAUCUAAAUGCAAAAAGGGAACCAACUUUGUACUAUUUGUAUACCUCAGUACUCCCAGAGUCUGUAGCACUGGUUGUUCAGAUGGUAUAUUCACUAAAAUGUCACUUAAAGUUUUCAUCCACUUUGCUUUUCAAUUCAAAUUCAUUUGAUAUAUUUACUAUGUUUUUAAAACAUGCUACAUAUGAAUCAAACAAGAUUAUUAUUGCUGCUGAUUAUAUGGAAUCUUGAUGUAGGUUAAAACAUUUUCAAUUAAAUAGCAAAUAGUUAAGUUAAUUAAUUUUCAAAAUAUUGUUUAAUAUUUAUCAUUGCUAUGUUCUUGUUUUACUGAAUAUUAUAUCAAUAUUUAUUGUGUAAUGGACAUCUGUGAUUUUUUUUAUUGUUUCGUUUUUGGAGCAAUUGUACAAAUUUUGAACCUCUCUAUUUUUAUGGUGAUCACAAUUGUUGUAAGUGUAUGAAAAUUCUCCAUUUUUGUGAAAAUAUUUAGAAAUUAAUAUCUAUUUUCUAAAACAUCAGUUAUACUAAUGCUAUAAAAGAACAUGUUUUAUGCAUUAACUGAACUUGCUCAUAAUGUUGAAAUUAAAAAUAUGUUUAGCAUCAAAUGGAGCAAAUUUCUACACUUCUGAAAACUAUUUUGAACUGAGUAAAACAUAUUCUAUUCUUUAAUUAGUAAAUCAUUUAUCCUUAUGUUUAUAAAAUUACUUUUUUUCAUGGUGGUCAAUUUUGUUAAUAUUUUUCUAAAACUAUUUUGGGCAAUCAUUUUCAAUUACCAAAAUUUGCAUUCAUACCUUUGGUUAUAUUCCUGCCUUGCAAGUGAGUUAUGGACUAUUUAUUUAUAUUUCACAACAUGAAUAGUUUCUUAAUACCAUAGCUAUUACACCUUAUAAUAUCUAUGGGAUCAUCAUCAUCAUUGGCAUGACAGCCCAGGGUGAGCCUUAGCUUUCUCUGGAACAUUUCUUCAUGUUGCCAGAUCUUACCAGUUCAGUACCCUGAUUGUUUUAAAAACUGCAUUAAAAAUGUCUAGCCAUCAAAAUUUUGUAUACCUACCAAUUGCUCUGCUACCAGUUGGUUUGCGUUUGAAUAAUUUAUGUAUUGGGCUUGUUUUAUUUAAACGGUUAUGUGUCUUACAAAUCUCAUUCAGUUUAACUUUAUAAAUUUCACUACACCAAUGUCCUUAUAAAAUUUUUAAAUGUCUUUAUUUGUUUUUCUUCUAUUUAUCGAAUGGUCUAAACUAUUGUACAAAUUAGAAAAAAUUGAAAAUGAGACUUUUAACUGGACUUAGAAAAUAAGCUUUACAUUUAUUUUAAAUAAACUUUACAUUUUUUUAAGAAGAAAUUUUUAUGGUUUUUUAUUUUCUUAUGGUUAAAAAUUGUAUUAUGCAACAGUAAUUAUAUUAACCCUAGUCAUUUAUUGUUAGGAAAUUUUUGAGACACAAAAUGAGAAUUUUUACUUAACUAGUUUGAUUCUUUUUUUUCUUCUUUUCUCUACAUUGAAUGUUUGAUUACUAUUCUUAUUUAAUAACAAAAAAAAGAUAUAAGCAGUGCCUGUUAAAUAUUUUUAGAAAAUAAAAUACAUUUUAAACAAAUGUGAAGUAGUUUUAGUGAUUAAUCUUGUAGCUUUUGCAUUUAUUCUGUUAAAAAAUAGAUGUUGAUUCAAAAUGAUUUGUUCUUACUUUAAUUAUACUCGCCUUUCUGCAAAAUUUGCUUUUUCUAGUCAUUUUUGUAAGCAAUUGUAUUCUUUUGUCUAUUGUGUGUUCUUUAUUUCAUCAAAGUAUUAUACCAAAGAUUUUUUUAUGUGUCUGUAAAUCAUUUAAGCUUUAUUGAUUGUUUUGUUAGUUGUUUUCGAUAUAUUUAUACAUAAUAUGUUGUAUGAUUAUAAAAUUUAUUUAUGAAGCUUUUUGACAUGCUGGUCUUACUCAACUUUUGUUUCUUAUCUAUAAAUUAACUUUAAUUUUAAUAAUACAGUCAGACCUCGAUAUUAGGUCAUCUGCAUAUAAGGUCACCCCGCAUAUAAGGUCACUUUUCCAAAGUCCCGGCCCAUUGAAUAGGAAUUCUUUGUUGUAGAUUAUCGGAUAUAUGGUCAAGUUUUAAAAAUCGUUAUCGCUUAUAAGGUCAUUUUUAUUUGAGGCGAGGGGAGCUCUUUUAUCACAAAAGCCUAUUUAACUUCCUUACAAAGCAAUUACCCACUUCUGAAGCUACAAUUUCUGAAUUUUUUUCACAAGUUGUGGACAGUGAGGACAAUGACAGUGAUCCUGAGACUGUAGCUGUAACCCAAGCGGAAGCCUUCAAUGCAAUAAACGUCAUACAAAGUUUUUUUACAAACCAUGAGGGAGCUGAGGAACAUUUUGAGAAGUUACAAAAUCUAGAAAACAUUGUUCGAUAAAUGAAAUCAAAAACGAGACAGACCUACAUAAAUGAUUAUUUUAAAUAAAGUAAGAUAUAAUGAAUGUAUGUACACUUUGAGGAAAUUUGUAAAUAGCUUUAUUUUAAAUUAUAUUUUUUUUAAAAAAAUUUGACUUUCUUUAAUUUUUUACUAAUUUUAUUAAAAUUUAUUGACUUAAAUAUUUAAUCAGCAGGUCGUUUUCGUUUGUAUUACCAUUUUUAAAAAUCAUAAUGUGUACGAUUUGCUUGCUUAGUUAUGAACUGCUAAUGAAUCGGUUAAAAGGUCACCCCGCUUAUAAGGUCACUUUUGCGAUUUCCCUUAGGGUGACCUUAUAUCGAGGUCUGACUGUAAUAUUAUUAUUAAUAUUUAUAAUAUCAUCAAUAAUAAAUUAUAUAUUAUUAAAUAACAGCUUUAAAAAUUUAAUUAUGUUUCAUGAGUUCAAGAUAUAAUGGUUUCUGUAACAGAAAAUUGUAUCAUGAAAUGUGCACAAAUUUAUGUAAAGUAAACAAUUUCAUUUCACAUAAUUAUAAGAAAAUUUGUGAUAAAAUUUUUCUGUCUUAGUAAUUCAAAAUCUAUUGCUUAAACUUUUUACUAUGUGAAUAUUUGUUACAUGUUGCUGUAUAUAUUCUCUAUUAGAAGUUUUAAAAUUCAUUCUCGUUUCUAUUUUUCAUAUAUUACUGUGGUUUUCACAAUUAUCGUUAUCAUAAGCAUUCUUUUUGAUUCUUGGCGUGAUCUAGCUGUGCCAGGUUUUAUUCAGAAUAUGACAUCUAAGUGCAGUGAUUUUUUUAAUUCUUAUUUAAAUUAUAUUAAUUAUUGGCACUCUUUUUGAUUCUUGGCUUAAUCUAGAUGUGGUAGUUUUUAUUAAAAACAUAAUAUGAUCAGAUUUAAAGCAUUAAAAGUUGAACAUUUUUACCUCAAAAGAAAGUUUGUUUCGACUUUGCAGAGCACAAAUUUUGCUGAUGUCUGCUUUUUUUAAGCAUAUUUUGGUUGGAGUUCAUCUACUUUUUAUUCUAAUAUUUUGUGCUUUUUAUUUAUUUAAUUUUUACUUCAUUUGUCUGAAAAAUGAAAAAGUUGCAGAGGUCUUCAUUUUUGGCGACUUUUGCUUGCACCCAGCUAACCAAAAAGUAUCCUUUUUAAUUUUUUUAUUUAUAUGUAUAUUAUUUUGUUAAUUUGUUUUACUCAAUGCUCCAAUAUUUUUUCCUAAAAUUAUAUAUACAAAAUAUGCAACAAUAUAUAGGGCAAAAUUAGGAAGUUUUGUACUGGCCAGUUGUUUUUUCAACAGAAGCCUUUUUUACUAUAAGGUUAUUUUUUUCAAAAAUUGAAUGAUUAAAGAAAAUGUUGUUAUUAAUAAAGGAAGCAUUUCUUGAAAAAUGUUAAGAAUAUAAGCUUGAAGUAAAGUAAUUUUCAGAAUAUUAUAAAAUAUUCAUAAUUCCAUAUUUAUUUUCUAAAAAAUAAUAAUAAUAAAAUACAAAUGAAGUACUUGUUCAACUAAGAAUAUAAUGACUAGCAAGCAGUGUUUUAAUCGCCAUUCGCUGUGUUUAAUCGCCUUGUGGUAUCCAUUAAUUUUGCCCUAUAUCACAGUGAUAUGUAUUUUCAUGAGUGUACAUAAUGCUCAAAACAUUAAAUGUUAUUAAUGAAAUAUUAUAAGUGAUGGAACUAAAUGCCUGCCAUGUUUUACUUAGAAAUCAUUUUUAUACGCAACUGAAUGCAUAAAAUAAAAAUGCAAAUAGAAUUGUAUAUUUUACAUUUAUGUAUGGUUGAUAUAAGCAAUAAACAGCAGAAAAUA